CGCGGAUUAAAUACAUUGUCAUGUCCUCCAAACGACCAUUAGAAGAUGCAAGCGCUCCGCAGUCGAAGCGUGCCAAAAGGUUCCCGGGCAAUGAUGCCUCCUCCGCAUCUAACUCCGCCGCCGCCCUCAUCGCCCGUGCCAAAGCGGAUAUCGCAGCUAAAGUCGCAGCUCUCAAAGCCAAGUCUGCGCUUCCUGCUGGUGCCGCCACCUCGGUGGGGAAUGGCCCUCCCCCUCCGAAAGCGGCUGUAGGCGUCGAUCCGGAUCUGGCAAGACGAGUCGCCGAGGCGAAGAAGUUGGUUGCCCAGAGAGUAGCGAAACAGGAAGUUUCUGCUAAUCCUUAUAUGGCUGCACAACAAAAGCGCCCUGCUGCUCCCACUCCUCCCCCAGCUACCGCAUCUGGGGCUGCUACCCCCGGCACGUCAACUCCCGGACCCUCCGGAUCGGGUCUAGCCAUGGCCGCUCAUCCUCUGCUGCUUGAGUCCACCCAACCGCGACAGCAGCAGAGCAAAAAGGAUCGAUACAAGCCCAUGCAACCGAAGUUCUCCUCUGUCCGAGCGAAUGCCCGUACUGCACCUCCUCCGUCUGCAGCCGCCACUGGUCCUGCGCCCGUCGCUGCCCAGGAACCGGUCACGAACCCAUAUGCUGCUGGGUCUGCUCAGGCGGCCGUAGAAGGCGGAUUCGAAGGUGCCCCGAAGGAGAGAGCUGGUCGUACGCUCCGCUUUAACCAGAAGGGAAAAUAUAUCCACCAGGCAGAGGAACUUAGGCGCGAGCAACAGCUGGAGGCGCUGAAAGCCAAGAUUGCGGAAAAUGCAAAGAAAGCGGGGUUGACAGAGGAGUUCGAGGUGCUUGAGAAGAGUGUGAAGCAUGAUCCUCCACCGCCUGUGGAGUGGUGGGAUGAAGGCCUACUUCCUACUAAGAACUACGAAGAUAUCGCCAGCGGCCUAACGACGAUCUACAACCCCGCUGGCCCCAUUACGCUCUUCGUUCAACAUCCUAUCCCCAUCCCUGCCCCAUGGGAGAAAAAUGAAGCCGCUCCACGUAGUCUGAUGCUCACUAAGAAAGAGCAGAAGAAGAUGCGUAAGCAGCGCCGUGCUGCCGAACUGCAGGAUCAUCAAGAUCGUGUUCGCAUGGGCCUCAUCCCGCCCGACCCGCCCAAAGUGAAACUAAGUAACAUGAUGCGCGUUCUCACCUCCGAUGCGGUGCAGGAUCCGACCAAGGUCGAAGCCCGCAUUCGACGUGAAGUCGCCCAGCGGCGGGUGCAGCACGAGAAGAUGAACGAAGCGCGGAAGUUGACGGAUGAGCAACGACGAGAGAAGGUGGAGCAGAAGAAGGAAGAGGAAGAGAAGAAGGGUCUAUUCGGCGCUGUAUUCCGCAUUCGCACACUUGCGGACCCGGCACACAAGUUCAAAGUUCGCAAGAAUGCCGACCAGUAUGGACUCACGGGGAUCUGUCUCCUUCACCCGCAGUUUGCACUCGUUUUUGUCGAGGGAAGCGCGAAGGCGAUCAAGGGCUACAAAAGGCUCAUGCUCGCUCGAGUCAAGUGGACCGAAGCUGCCCAAGCGAGAGGGGCCGAAGAUGUCGAAAUUGAUUACGGGGACGCCGACGGCCCUGGCCCGUCUAAACCCUCGACUAGCGCAGUAGCAGCCAACGGCGACCAAACACCGGAAGGUCAAGUCUCGCUCGAAAACAACAGAUGUGAUAUGUGCUGGGAGGGUCCGCUGAGGGACCGGACCUUCCAGAACUUUAGGCCAAAGGCGUGCCCGACAGAUGCACUGGCGAAGGAGGCGCUUGGAGAAAAGCUGAAGGGAUACUGGGAUUUGGCGAAGAAUUGGGUUUCCGAUGACGAGGUGCACUCGGUUGUCUGA